CGUGGGUGCUGCGGCUGCUGCUCAACGCGGCGGUGGCGGCUGCAGUGGCGUUCUUCGUGUCGGUGGGCUCCCUCCACGCCGACCCUGCCAUGUGGGCGGAGCACGGCGCCGUCGCAGACGGAUUACGCGGAGUGGCGUCGGGAGCUGCGCUGUGCUCCUAUGGCUUCCUGGGACUGGCAUCGGCAUCGGCGUCGUCGUCUGUGUCGGCGUCAACAAGGCCCUCACACCCCGUCCAGCCCUCACGGUUGUCUCGGGUGACGCUAGCAGUGUUGCUGCUCGCUUCGCACUGCGCUGUUGCCACGCUGCUCGCCAUGCUCGUACACUACAGGGGCCUGCGCGGGUCUGCGGUGCCGCUGCUGCAGGUGUUCGAGGUGCGGGACGUGGACUGGGCCCGCGUCGUCAUGGCCGCCUGCUCGGUGCUCGCCUUCGCGCUCGUCAUGGUCGAGGAGAGCGGGCCCAUGCACGCCAUCGUCAUCUCGCUCGCCGGGGAGGAGGUGGGCGCGCUUCCGCGGCUGCUGUCGCGCGAGUCGGGCUGCACGGGCACGCCGGUGGCGGCGGCCCUGUCGAGCGGCGUGGCGGCCGCGGGCCUGGCGUGCGCGUGCCCGCUGCGCGCCCUCGCCGCCCUCGCCGCCCUCUGCCCGCUCGUCGCGCACGCCGUCGCCGCCGCCGGCCGCAUCCACAGCCACUACCAGCCGCUGAGCGGCAGGCGCACGACUCUGGAGACGCCCUCAGGUGGUGGGCGGUACCGCCGCUUGCCUACCCGGCGGGAGGACGAGGACAGCGGCGACGAGGAGUGGUCGACGGCGGCGGUGGAGGCGUCGCGGCGGCGGCUGGCGCUGCAGCGUCUGCGCGCCGGCCUGGGGCUGGCGCUGGGCCGCUCGCGCUCCGAGGCGGCGCUGCUCGACGACGCCGACGCCGACGCCGGCGCCCCGAGCGGCGCCUCGACGCCGGGCGCCAGCUCGCUGGCCCGCCUACUGGGCGACGACCAGGUGGAGGUGGGCGCGCACACCUACACGCGCCGGCCCGCCUCCUCCCUGCACCUCAACGGCGUCUACGCCGUGCCGGCGGCCAACGGGUUCGCCAACGGUGAAGUCUUCCGGCCCGUGGCCAACGGAGCCCCGUGCCACGUGAGCACCGUCCUGCCGGCAAACGGCCACUCCGACCCCUCCUCGAUCCCGCCCGACUGGAAGAAAUUCAGCAGAAAUAUGGCCGGCAAGUCCCCCGGCGCCGACAGCAGGUCAUCUGUCACCUUUCCCAGGGAUCUGUUCGACAGCGUCGACGGGCAGCACAGCGUGCGCGUCAUCGACAUCAACAACAGCGACGACCGGCUGGCGUACUGCAAGCAGCGCUUCCCCAUAGGAGACUCGGACGUCGAGGACGAAGAGGUCACGUCCUCGUCCGAAGGUAGCAGCGAAGAGAGCAGUUCCACCGACAUCGACGCCAUAGUCGCCGAGUACAAGGAGAAACUACAGGUGCCCAUAUCUCUUCUUCUAAUACGGGGGUCCACAGUGGCGACAGCGACGCCCACGACGCCGGGGGGCGGGUGCGCAGCGUCGCGCGACCACGCGGCGACGGCGGCGUCGGGGCGGCGCGUGCAGCUGUGCCUGUGGGCGGCGGCGCCGUGCGCGGCGGCCGUGGCUGCCGGCGUCGCGCUGCUGCCCGCCAGCCCCGCCGCGGCGGGGGCGGCCGCCGGCCUCGGGGCGGCAGCGUGCGCCGCGCUGGCCGCCGUGGUGGCACGCCAGCCCCCCGCCGCCGCCUCCGCCGCCCCCGCGCCACUGCUCUGCCCCUGGCUGCCCGCCGCCUGCGCUCUCGCCUGCCUCGUGGCCGCUGCGCAGCUGCUGCCCGCUGCCUGGCCGUCGGCAUUUCUCUGGCUCACAGUCGGUCUGGCUGUGUUCUGUCGGCAACGUCGAUGCUGUUAUCGUAGAAGUCCUCGGUGCUCUACGCAUAACAGGGAGCGAAUUCGUCUUCAUGCACCCCCACGUCACUCAACUGUAUCUACAUUAGUACCUAGCCACCGUCAUUUGACAGAUGCCAGUGCUCAUCGCCUCACUCGCGUAGACACCAUUCUCAUCUCUAGGUGAUGCUACCAUAGUUCUUAGUGUGUAGUAUUGAUGGUGAUGACCUAUCAAUUUGAGCAUGUGGUCAUAAGGAAAAACAUAAAUGUAUCACAAUUUAUAUUGUGAUCCUAAUUUAUGAGGUUGUAAGAGUGAUUUUAAUGUCACCUUAACACCAGUUUCAAUAAGGCAAUCUUAUAUUUUUGUGAACAAGAUGUUUCAGAAUUUAACCCACUGAAACGAAAAAUAUAGUAAUACAAGAUUAACACCAGUUUUAUACAUAACAAAGUUCUAAACUUACUGUUUGGAAGUGAGUUUUAAAGCUGAGAUAGACUGACAUCUUAUUUUGCUAUUAAUGGUUUGUAUGUGCUUUAAUAAUACAAACUUAGCUUAAAAGAAACAACCAUAUAAAUGUCUGGCGUAAAGAAGGCACAUGAUUCAUAAAAGGAAUUGAUUAUCUGUGAAUAUUUUCUUGUACUGGACUGAUUAAUUAUCCGUAAUAGAAUAUUAUAUAGAAUUUUUUUGUUUCUUAUCUACUCCACCCACUGUAUCUGUGUACUGCAUCAGCUAUAAGUUUUAAAGAGAUUGUAGUUUUAUAUUUUUGUAUCAUGCUAAAUUAAUGCCUAAAUCUGGCUUAAGGAAUCAUAUUAAAUGUUAUUAUCAUAUAUGUGUAUGUUGAAAUUAUAUGUAUAUAUAAAUAUAUAUUAAAAAAGCAGCUUAAUUUUGCACAACAUGUUAAAAAAAUAUAAUUGGUGUCACAGAACUUCAUGAGAAAUACAUUUACUGUACAUGAUGCAGCCUAAAAGUGUCACACACAAUCACAAUUAGCAUUGAAGCCUGUGCCUGUAAGAAUUUCCUCUUAAGCUUUCUUAUGCAGAGAUUACUUAAAGAAUAUUUUUAGUGAUUAUCCUGAUUGUAACUUCCUUUUUAAAACGUUUCUUAUUUUAUGAGAAAACACAGAAUCACUUUAAUUAUGUCUUUCCUUCUUGUUGUCCAAUCACAAGACUUUUUAGAAUAACUGUUGAAACAAAGCUCAUGUAAUACUUAUAGUGUGUUCACAUAUCAAAUCCAUCCAUAUUUUUCCUAAGCAAAACACUGAUGCUACUACUAAAGGAACAAUAUCAACAUAAUUCAAUAUUUCAUGCAGAAAAUGCAGAUAUAUUUUGAGUCUUUGGUUUACUAAAGAAGUUCAAAUAGUUAUUUGUAUCAUAAAAUGUCCAAGUAUUGAUAAGAGGAGUUUGUCAAUUAAAAUGAUAAAAUCCAAUAACUGUGCUUAAAACUUUACAUUAUAUCCUAAAAGGUA